AUGCCUAAGUUCUUACGCUUUUGGAUUUUGAUUUUUCUGAUUAGGCCUACAUUUUCUCAGCAACAUUACGACAACUCGGAAUGCAAUUCAGAAAUGCAGUAUCCUGGUUCAAACUACCUCUGCAAUGCUCAUAAAUCUUCGUGUGAAUCCUUUAUAGUCUACCGCGCGCAAAAACAUUAUCAAACACUUUCUUCCAUAUCUUCUUUGUUCAAUACAAACACAUCCCAUCUCAGUUCGUACAACAAAAUGUCCCAAACUGAUCCGAACAAUAUCCAGCACGGUCAAGAAAUCAUCGUGCCCGUUAACUGUUCUUGUCCAGACCGCUUCUCCGAGGCUUUCUUUUUAUACAAUGCCUCUAUCGGUGAAUCUCUGUCAGCAAUUGCCUGUGAAGUUUACGAAGGAUUGGUAAAAGCACAAAGUCUAAUAGAAGAAAACCAAGAAUCUCGAGGGGAUAAGCAGAAUUUCUAUCUAUUACGUGUGCCAGUAAAAUGUGCUUGUGUUGAUACUUCUGAUGCAAGAAAUGGAACAAAUUUUCUUGUGACAUAUCCUAUUAUCAGGAAUGACAGUAUAGAUAAAAUAGCGCAUAAAUUCGGAGUUCCUCAAGAAAUGAUCUCGGAUGCCAAUAGACUCGGACAUUUCGAUACUGUAUUUCCUCUGACAACACUCCUCAUUCCCACAAAAGAUGUCCCAAUUCUCAACUAUGAUGUUUACGUGUGCCAGAAUGACAGUAUAGAUAAAAUAGCGCAUAAAUUCGGAGUUCCUCAAGAAAUGAUCUCGGAUGCCAAUAGACUCGGACAUUUCGAUACUGUAUUUCCUCUGACAACACUCCUCAUUCCCACAAAAGAUGUCCCAAUUCUCAACUAUGAUGUCAUGUCUUCACCACCGGAUCCAAAUCCUAGUCCUCGACCAGAAGUUCCAUUGAAUAAUAACAUUCCAAGGGCAAAAUUGAAGAAUCUGAAAGCAAUCCUUGGGGUGGUUAUAUUUGGAGCAGUUCUAAUAUUCAUUGUUAGCGGGAUUCUAAUACUUGCUCGGAAGAAGUUUGAUCGUCGUAGAUUUGACACUUCAUCUAGUCAAACAUCAAAAUCAUCAGAUUUAUCUCCCGAAUUUCUCCAUGAUAUGUCGAAAUUCAAACUUACAUUGACAUGUUACAGAAUGGAAGAGCUAAGAGUUGCAACUGAAGAUUUCGAUGAAUCUUUAGCAAUAGGUUCUGCAGUUUACAAGGGAAGAAUCGGUGAUAUUGAUGUGGCAAUCGAGAAAAUCGAUUCAGCAGCAGAAGGAAAUCAUGUAAUUUCCAUAUUGACAAAGAUCAAUCACAUAAAUGUGGUAAAGUUAGAGGGCUGCUGCAUUGAGUCGAGCCAAUAUCUCGUGUACGAGUUCGUCAACAACGGCAGCUUGAGGGACUGUUUAUCGAAUCUCACGAUGGCUAAACUGCUAACAUGGGAUAGGAGGAUACAGAUUGCUUUUGACAUCGCCGUGGGGAUACACUACAUGCAUUACUGCACAAGGCCUAAUUAUGUUCAUCACAACAUAAGCAGCAAAAGUAUCUUGAUUACAGAAAAUUGGAGGGCUAAGAUUUCAGGGUUCAGACGAGCAAGAUCCAGGAGUUGCAUUGAAGAAAUGAGAGGAACUAGCAAGAAUGACACGACUGUCGAUGUGUAUGCAUUUGGCAUGAUUUUGCUCGAAGUACUAUCGGGUAAACAGGUCACAACAAAUGGGAUGUCAUUUAAGGAUUUUCUCGAGAUUUUAGCUGGUAAAGAGCUUCAAGAAUCGUCGAAAAGCCUGGAGAAACUGAAGACAUUUAUGGAUCCUGUAAUGGAAAAGUAUUACUCAUUGGAAGGUGCUGUAUUCUUGGCAUGCUUGGCCAAGGCUUGCUUGCAGGAAGAUCCAUUGGAAAGACCUUCAAUGAAUGACGUGCUUAAAGUUCUCUCCAUCAUUUUAUGA